GCGUCAAGUUCGUAUAUUACAAUUACAUUUUUAGUUACCGAUACAAUUUUAUUUGUGCAGGUAAAUUAUUGCGACAGGCGUACUUUUUCAUUUGGACGAAGCUCGAACGAUAUUGAUUUAUCGUUGAAGUUGGCGGUAAUUCUGUCUACGCUACGAACGACCGUAAUGAGAUUUUACCAAUGCCAGAUUUCCAUGUAUUCGACCAAAAGGCGAUAUCAAUUAAUUAUUAUCCUUGCUAUUGGAUUGCGCUUCUGCAAGUUUACUACCACGCACGAUCUCUGAUCCUCGAAUCUCGGAUCCUUUGGUAUUCACCGCGAAUUCGCAAGUUAAACUGAGCCCUUACGUCCGUUUCUCCGCAAAGCUCGCAUGAUCGUGCACGAAUAUCGCUUAUACCUAUCGGUUGCCACCGAUAGAGGACAUAUGAAUUAAUGAGAGGAAUAAUCGACAUGGAAACGAAUUAUUAAUUUUGAGUCGUAACACUGAUAUAUAUAAUAUACAAUAAUACUCAUAUAAAUAGAGUAAAUUCAUGAAGAAUAUCCGUUUCCUUAUAAUUUACUUACGACAUUUAAUAUAUCAUCUCCGAGAUUGUGAACGACUAUUAUCGAGAACUACGGAGAAAAUUCUUUUAUUAGAAGAGUUAAAAAUAACAAUUCUAACACCUGUAGCUCAUAAUAACAUAUAUAGCACCGAUUUGACUGUUUUAUAAUGUAAGCAAUCGAAUCGGACAACAAUUCGUUCUAUGUUGCUAAUUAUUAUCCGUAAUUUCAGUAUCGUAAUUCGGUAUAAUUGAUUCGAAAAGGGCUGCGCAAAUAUACACGUAGACGAUAUAUAAUGACAAUACGCUUUUCUUAUUGUUCUGUGGUUACAGUGGUCGUGGAUAGAUGUUCCUUUAAUUAAGGUUUUAUCUGCAAUCUAUUUUGAUUCCUCUGUUUACGUUCGGUGUAAUCACUGAAUUGCGUUAAUUAAGUAACCAAUCAUAGAUAUUAACAGACCCACGUUAUGCAAUUAUAGUUACAUAACAUUAAAUAUCGUACAUGUUGGUGUUCGCUUAUUUGCUUGCAACAAAGUUGUGAGACGAAGACCCAAACAACCAAAGAAAGAAAAAAAAAAUCGUUCAAAACGUAUACUUUUACAUUCAUCUUAACUUUCAUUUACGAUUAUACAUUAUGAUUCAAAUGUUAAGGUUUCUCAUUCGAAUGCGUAAAUAAUUUAAUUUUUUGUGUUUCGAGGAGAAAGUUCAUUGUGAUUCCGAAGCACAGAAUUCAGAGCAGCUUCUCGUAGAUAAUCGAUGGAAAUGUCGAAGAGACGAUCGUUAUGGUAGAUCGUUUGGCUCUGUGCCCCGCGUCAUUUGCGUUUAGUUAAAGGAUCUACGGAAAGCUCUGGUGUCCUUUAAUACAUUAGAAAGUAUAAUGCUUAUGUUUUAUAGAUACCGCGUAGGCAAUACAUACGUGUACAAACACAUAUGCGGAAGUCAGUUUUGUGGUAUGCGAUUUUUGACUCUAUGUACACGAAUGACGUAGCUUCGUACGCUGAUCAAUUUGCGUUAUUUCUUUCCACAUUUUUCUUCUCGUUUCAGCUUUGCUUCGAAAGAAAAUUUACAUAUGUCAGAUAUAAACGUAUUUAUGUAUUAUAGAUCUAUAUGCAUGUGGACACUUGCAUGCAAAGAUGUUACCGCAUUUAUGCAAAUGAAAUUUGUUUCGCUACCGUGAUAAAAUUUGUCUCUUUUAAUUAACUUUAAUUAAUUCUUCCUUGUACGCUAUAUUUUACGUCAUUAUUUGUUCUGUUAACUACUAUACUCUUUAAAUGCAAUAUACACUGUUUAAAGGAAAUAGUAUGGAAUCCCGAUAUAUGCACAAUAUUUUCAUACUGGUUUUAUAACAAUAUCUAGUUGUACGUUUUAAUUACGGUAUGAAACUUUAACUAGGUCAGUUUUAGCAAUAUGUAGUUAGUUUUCGCAACAUACAUGAAAUCGCAAACAUCGUUCCAAUAUUUGUUAAAAUCAAAUCAUUUUUAACGUGAAUAAUUUGUUCGAAGGUUCUUUCGUAUGAUUUUAAUCCUUCCAUUGCACUCGUCAAAAUAAACUAAAUGUAGCGUAUCAAAUAAUUUAUGAUAUAAAAUUAAAUUACCUUCGAUUAUCGUAUAAACUUCCAGAGUAUCGUUUUUCUCGAUGCAAAUAAUACUCGACGAACUUUGAUUUUGCAAAGUGACACAGCAACGUUCCACGGCGUUAAGAUGAAACAUCGAAGGCGGAGUUGAGCAGCCCUCAUCAGGACCAGUAUUGCCAUGAUAGCACAGUUACUCGUCAAAUAUUUACCGUAGGUGAUGCUGGCACAGAGGGAUCUUCUGAUCCUCACGAUACACCAGGUCAGGAGAAGGGAAGAUAAAGUUGCAUAAAAUAUAUUUCAUCGACUAUUAUCCUUAUAUUUCCUACAUACGUAUCGUUGCACUAAUUUCAUUUAACUUGGACAAAUAAUUUUAAAAUAUCGUUUACUAUACAGCAUACGAUAUUUUUGAUGAAAUGUCCAAUUCUCGAAGAAUCAUCAAAUCGCAAAGGUUCCUGGUUUCAUCCCAAACAGACGUUAUAUUAUCGACGAGUAUGUUGAAUCGGUUUGAUCGUAUCGAGAUAUCGCGUCGAAUUCGAGCUUUGAGUAUAUUGAGGUAGUACAUGAUGUCUAAAUAGGGUGAAUGACGUAGAUUUGUACGAGUAAACCGCGGGAACCGCAAGGUGCGUUUGAUUAUCGUAAAUAACCGUGUUUCUCGUUAUCGAAUAAAUGGCAGACUUCAAAGCAACGACGAGGUGAUAGAUAGAAAAAUGGCCAUGCAGUUUGGGUCGAAUGGACAGGUGUCUAGACAUUAAACAUUCGGAGUCCGUUUCGGUCCGUUCUAUGAGCGUCCACAAGCAAAGGACUUUGAAGUGUACAAAGGUCGCGCACCUUACACGAACGUGGUACAGUGCGUUGAUUGGAGGGAUCAAAGCCAGUACUGUGAGCUAGUAUUUAAUCAUCCAACCGCUGAAGAAUACAUCUACUGCCAAUUGAAACUUCUGUCAGAGUUCAACACGUUUUUCACGUUGCCUCUUUCUUCCAUUUUUUCAUCUUUGCUCCUUUCCGCCAUUAUGCACGUAUUUGCUCUUACAUUCGAUCGUUUUUAUCGGUUGAAGAGAUUAGUUGAAAUAAACCGAGCCACAAAAGGUGAUACAAGAAUGAAAGUGAAUAAUCUAUAUAUUAUUUAUGAUUUAUUGCUAUUGUGUGACGUUACGAUAAUAUUAUUCAAAGAUUUACACAAAGCAUAUGUCACGUUAUAUCGAUUAUUCACAUAUAGUAUAUAUAUAUAUUUAAAUUGUCAACAUAUGUAAUUGUACGUUGUUUACGGAAACAUUACUGUUACUCAUGUACACACGCGAACGUAUAUGCACGCGUAUGAAUAUAUGGAUCAAUGUAUUCUAUUCUUAUAAUGUCAACACCUACUUUCGUAUAUACUUAAUUGCACACAUGCGUUGUUGCGUUAUUAAGUGCAUACAAAUAUGUUGGAAUGUUCGGUAUUAAAGGAACAUUGUCAUUUCUCACAAUAUUCUGCCACUUUGUCGUACAGGUAUUUCACGAGUUUCAACGUUGAAGUGCACUACUACGAUUUUCGUAUUAAUUAUUCUCGAUUAUCGGAAAUUCAUAAAUUUUACGUCAUACGUUUUCCGAAUACCUUGCAUCGUAUCGCGCUUCUAUAGCACUCUUUCUCCGUCCAUUUCGAUAAAAAUAGAAUGAUACUCGUUAUGAAAAGUACUUUGAAAGUGCAAGGAGAACGAGUAAUUCGCAUUGGCCUGCAUAUUCCCUCUGUUAUCAGGUCCGCUUUUUACAUGUUCAACUGGCGGGGAUCGCAUCAGCGUUUCGGCUUUCAUUUACGUGCGCAAGCGUACUAUUAGGUUAAAAUUUACGACAAAGUUCGGACAGAUACGGCUGCCGUUUCAUUGAACUUCAGCAUCGGCAUCGAUGAUGGUUAAGCUGGACGGUCAUUGGCACAGCGAGCGACAAUGAAUUUUACGCACGGUGAAAUCGUUUGUCUGCACGGCCAGAUUCGGUACUUGAUUCGGAGGUAGGAAACCACCUUUUUUGCCUCUGCCUUUCGUCUCUUUCAAGUUCCUCCUUUUUUUCUUUUUCACCCAGCGAAAAAUACCGUUCGCUAGCCAUUGGCUAGCGUGCCCGUAAAUUGGUUACCAGACUUCUCUGCGUCGAGAAUUCGAGCUUUCGACACCCACAGACUCUAGUGGACAGGUAAACUGUGGACUCAUUGUUCUGUUUUAUCGAUUCACGGAUUUCUGUCACCUUCUGAGACUUUGUAGAAUAAAUUUCUCACAGUUUACACGAUAGGAUCAAAAUUGGCAAAGAAGCGCGGAAUAUUUGCAGUAAUGUUCAAAUAGAAAUAGAAGUAGUUAAAUGGAACGAUUCGUUUAGCUGCAUUUGAUAUUUGUAUUUCUAUUCAUUACUAAUUUCGCUAGCAGUCGAUAAAUUUAACAACAAAUUGCAUUCGACCGAGGCCGUGUGAAAGUAUUCAUCGAUUAUGAGAUUUUGCCUUUCUUUCGAUAGUAGAACGUAGAAGCAGUUCUUGUCGAUACUGUGAAACAAUGUUCAAACGUGAGGUAUUCGGCUCGUUAUUCAAAAAGAGAAAAGAGUAUAAAAGACUUAAGAAAAAAGUUUUAUUAACGCCAUUGCGAAAUGGUAGGAAAGUAAUCAGGGGAUCAACGUCGCAUCGUGGGAUUCUUUUGUAAGCACGUCCGCAGCAAGCACAAUUAAUAAAACAGAAGUAGUGGCGUAAAGCCACGAUCGAGAAUUAUAUUUCCACCGAUUAAUUAUGUUGUGGCGACACCGUGAACCCCGUCUAUCCGCCCAUCGAUCUUCGUGCACGUUCGGCGACGUCCGGCAGCGAUCGUCCGGAUUCGCGGGUAACUCGCAAGCGCUGAAAGGGCGGUGGGGCUCGCGAAGUUUCGGUUGCGGCGCUUUCGUUCAUUCGUCGUUCUGCGCCCGGUGCGCAUGAUUAUCGUGAAUACGUGUGUUCGCGGUUCGGUUUUAACGUGUGUCGCGUGUUACCCUGCACGAUCGAUCGUCUCUGAAAAUAAUAGUACUCGUAAAAUUGAUUCUUGAUCGUCGACGUAAGAACCAUUACCAUCGUGUCAAAGAAAAGUGCAUCGUUCAGAGGUGAAAGGACAAUUCGAACGUGAAAAGUGUUCGGAACGAUAUCUGGUUUGAGGUUAUAGUGUUAGGCAGCGUAUUUCGAUAAGGAAGGUGCAAGGAUCGGGAUCUUCGAGUUAUAUAUCGUAUAGUGAUUUUGAAUGAAUUUCGACGUAUUAUCGAUCGAAUGGAUGAUACGAAACAGUAAGAUAAGUGCGUACGAAGGACGAGAAUAUUGACGUGCUCGCGCAAUGUGAUUUUUUCAAAUACAGGAAAUGCCGCGAUUCCGUUGGGCAUUGUGAAAGGUCAGGUUAGUUGCGAGCGAUCGACGCGAGUACUUUGAAGAUCACGUGUUCAGUGUGAAGUUACAUGUAUAUGAAUUGUUCGUGUUAGAUUUGAAUGCGCGUCCCUCUGUGUUUUGCGACAAGUACGUUCUCGAAAAGAAAAAUCCUGAAUCUGGAAACAAUCCAAUUGAAGUUAAUACCAUUGCAUGUAACAAGUCGACCGAGCGGAUUCACAGUAAUUCAACUCGGCGUAUAGCGCGACGUACAAAGCCAGACACCGUGUUUCAAACGUCGCAUAUGCAAGUUCAUUUUAAUUAAUCAUUCUUCUUUAGUUUUUGUACGCGUAUCGCAAUUCCAUUAUUAAUAUUUUGUAUUUAUUUUUUCGCAGAAAGGUAUCGCACGUUCUCCAAUUAACCUCAAAAUCCACUCAAACGUGACCUCAAUAACCAAAUUGAAACGCGAGAUCAUUUGAAGUCUUUCUCGUAAUUUCUCUCGUAAUAUAAUUAUUUGCAUGUAUUUCUCGAGUAAUUUAACAUUGUCCUUCCAAAUUCAUUCGCUUCAUACGUCGUGUUUUGUGUUACGUGUUUCGUUUGUUUUUUCUCGUUUCGAGAUGUAGCUAUAAACGUUUUAUUUGAAAUGCUUUGGAAUUAAAAUUCUCAAGCAAGGAAAUUCUUUGUUCGCGAUGUGUUCCGUAUAAACAAUGAUAAUGUAAUACAGAUGAAUAUUCAUCACGACAGAUGAAAUGUUUUAGACUUCCGCGGACCAUCGUUCUUUUGCUUCUUCGCGAAUGAAACCGACCACCUCUAACACGUAGGUAUUUCAUAAAACGUCGCUCCAUCUUGCUUUCGAGUAAACCGAUCUUGCUGAUAUUUACAAAAGAUCGGGUUUUGCGAUCGAUAGAAUACUGCAACAAGGAAGUACCGUCGGAAAAUCGAGGAGAUAAAAAAUGAUAAACAUGGAGGAAAACGAAUUUAAACAUGACGAUUUCUGGAUAAAUUUAUUAUUUCGGUUUAUUAUUAAGCUUGGAACAGAAUACUGUGCUUUCAAUUUCACACGCUAUUUCGUUAUUUUCAAUUAACAGAAAAGUCAUUAGUCGUUGGUCGGAAAUUGUUAUUUUUAGCAAUAGAAAUAUAUUUUAUUCGAACAAAAGCUGAUAGCUUAGCUUGAUUAAAUCUUAAUAGAUAGAUAGAAAUGUUUACAAAUUUCAAAGAUUAUGAGGUCAGAUUCUUCGAAGUGGACCAAUAAUUUAUAAUUAAGAUAGUUAAUUAGCAUCGUUGCUCUAGCAUGAAUUUAUAAAACACCCUUCAAUUACAGCAACGAAUCUCGUUCGUUGUCUCAUGUAAAGUCAAAUCGAGCGGUACAAUUUGUAAUUAGAUUCAAGAAUGAUCGUUUGUACGCUUUGUACCGUGCGCUGUGAUUCUAAAUCUGAAAAUAUCGCGUUUGAAAAUUAAUUAAAAGGAUUGACAUCGUAACGAAUGGUAUCGUUUAAAUACGCGUUCGUUUCGAUUUGCACUAGGAAGAUUGGCAAUUUAGCAAACCGUUUCGUAGAUAUUCAGCGGGAUUCGUUCGACUUUAACUGCUGCAGGGAUCUCGAUUAAAAUGGAGCCACGUAACUGGUCUGCUUCCAAGCUUUAGAACACUUUGAAAUGUCGCAAGAAAUGAGCUCGAGCCUGUAGAAACGCGGACAGUGUCGCGGCAUUUAUAUCCGGGACGUAGAAGAAUAAAAGAAAAAUUCAUUUAAAUUCGCGCGUUAAGUGACCUCGUUUCCACUUUUCGUCAACCAUCCUUCUUUUUUUUUCUUUUUCAUGAAUUUAUUCUGUCAUUCUUUCGAAUAAGAGCAUAUUUCGCGCAUGAUUGGCUGUAAUUGGGAAAUAAAAUCGAACAACGCGUAUAGCGAUCUUUUCAUUUAUUACGUUCGUAUUCUGAAUUUAAGCUUCGAGUGGCAUUUACGCAUUGGUUGUAUUUAUUCUCAAUUAGUGACGUCCUUGACCACGUUUUUGUGUAAACGUUCCACAAAGCGUCACGGCGUAGCUGUAGCAAUACACACGGACAAUAGAAUUUAAAUAAACAUCGUUAAUCAGUUGGUGUAUCAGUGUAAUGUCGUGUAACGAAGUGUAAACAACAAGUUUGCGAAACAUCGACUGCCUUCGAUGAAUUUGUACACCGGUAACUGGAUUACAGCGAAACAUGUUUGUGUUUCGUUGAAGAAAUUAGAUUAUCACGGGAGAAACUCAUCUACGAAUUAGUGAACCAUUCAACCCAUUGGUGAUUUCGACGGAUUGAAUACUCGUCGUUCCAGAGUUGGGAAUUGAUUACGUGUCUGCUUGGAAAAGGAUCCGUAUUAAUAGACUCACGGAAUGACGGGCUAGCAGGAAAUGGGAAGCGAAGCUUUUGAAAAAUAACUCGAGGCAUUGCGGUGCUCCGGGAAUCCCGUGACUCAACCAUUCCAUUGUCCGAAGAAGCCAGUAACAGCCGAAGGAGACGCAGAUUACCUCGAUCGUGCGAGAGGAAAACGUCGCCAGGUUCGCGCGUCGCGGUCCGCUGAUUUAUUCGCCAGGCUCUGGAAUGAAUACACGAGGAUGGCACGGCGUACAGGACACGAGCAAAUUAGCGGAUCGAGUGUGACCGAGUUAAGCGGCUUUUCGCGGUGAGUUUUGCUCCUGCACGUGAGCCGACGAUGCGUUAAAUCGACGAGCUACGACCGGACGAACGAGACUAGAAGGAAAAAGGAGGAAGCAAGAAAUAAAUAAAUGCAACGAGGAUGAUAAACUAUAACGACGCGCAUCGUGAAAGAUUCGUGCGAAACGCAGGACCACGCAGUCGCGAAAUGCAUCGAGAAUACUUAUUCCGGAGAUCUUGUUUGUCAGAAUGAAGCCUUGAAGUUGUCAUCCACUUGCUUGCCGGUUGCGUUUCCGUCUGCAUCUCGCGGCUCUACUUGCGGCUACGUUUCCUCUUUCCCAUCUUUUCUUCGCGGACGAGAGCGAAGAAGAGCGAGAAACGAGAGAGCGAGAGAAGAGAGAGAAUGGGAAAAGCAGGAACUGAUAGCUUUACAUUCAACCGGUACGAAGAAAAGUUUAAGUGACUCAUGCAGACACUCUUGGAAUUCACUCUACGCCGUUAUUUAAGUUUCCAUUUUACCGCUAACAGAGAAAAAGGCGUCGCCGUCGUCGUCGUCGUCGUCGUCGUCGUCGUGUAGGGGAAGUGCUCCUACGUGUGUCACAGUGUCGUGGUUUCCGUUCGUGACACCGGAUCGGAUUUAAUCGAUUGGUACGCGCGUCGUCGAGAGACAACUCGAUACUGUACGAACAUCGCCUCUUCUCCACGAGACUCGAACGAGAGAGUUUCAAAAUUGAAAUUGUUUAACGACGUAUCAAAGACAGAAGGGACCACCGAAGGAAAAAUUGGUCGCAAAGGAUAAUCGCAAAUUGCAGGCAAGCACGGUAAAACAUCGCCUAACCGAUGGCAAGAUGUUGAAAUUGAACAACGCUCUUAAGGCUCGUAAAGCAGAAUUAUGCGUUGCAUAACGUCGGCGGAUUCUUUAAUAAGAUCGAGUUCGACGUUAUUGCACCGGCACCCAUAAAUAUCUCUUAAACGUAUGCGUACCUUAAGAGGGCAAUAUCCCCGAAAACGAGGAUCGAGCCUUUCGAUUUCGUUCUCGAUAGAGAGCCUCAUCCCGAGGUAGAACUAAUAUCCCAGAAAAUAUCUCAAACAUCGAUUUUGUCCAUAGAAUUCCGGGCCGCGUUCCAGUCAGGACAGCCGUCCUCUAGAAAAAUGACGGGAGUGCCCGGUUCGCAUACGAUCGAACGUUCCCUCGGAUCCUACGAAAUCCCUUCGUGAUCUGCUUCCGUCGAACGACCAUUUUCUAAGAGGAUAAUAAAAAUUGGCGGUGACCGUAAUCGGAGUAUCCCGUCAUCCCGUCACGACUGUCCUUUUAUUUCGAAAGCAGCAACUUUCGAGCCUGGUUUAAACGUUUCUGUCAUAAACAUUUCAGCGCGAGUCGUUCACAGCGUUCUACCGUACCGCGUGCCCAAUGGAGUGUUUCGAACCGCGACUCGUUCGCAACGAAGAAUCCGACACUUCGACGACUUUUAUUUACGCGAUACCGUUAAAAGGAAUGGAUUCGCGGAGAUCGCGCAGACGAUCGCGCAGAAAAUCGUCGAGAAAGCUAUCCACGAUCAAUGUCAAUGACUCGAUCGCCUCCAAGUAAAUUGCCCGACUCGAGUAUGCCCACCGAGUCGUUCGUAUUUUUAGGAGAAAAAAUCGGCCCGACAACCUACCGGAUGAUCUCUAGUUGGUAUCGAACACAAAUAUAAGAAAGGAGAGACGAUCGUUUUACUCUUACCGUGGAGGAGUGACGUUACGACUCUCACGCGAGGUCAGCUCGAGGGAUUUCGAAGAAGAUUAGAAGGCCGUUCUUAUCUCCCUAUUUCUCUUCCUCGCCAUCGGUUCCCUCUAUCAGCAACCUGAGCUGACAAAUGCGAACGACAGGCCGUGCUAAGGUACAGUUCGACAAAUGAUAGUCAGAGGACAGAAUUGGGUGAUCCGGUAGGAAGGGAAAAAAUAGAAUGGAGAAGGACAGCGCGAGACAUUACAGAGCUUACGAGGGCUUCAAGCCCGCGAACAAUGGCAAUACAUCGUCCUUGAAGAGGUCCACAUCGGACCGCUCGAAAACACAUCCGUCGAGACAAGUGAGGUGCCUUUGCUUCGGCGGAGUGCCGGACAAGGCCAGCCAGCACUCCUUUCUCAAAGGUUGUAUUAUAAACCUUGGAAUAUGUGCCCUCCUCGUGGCUUACACUUUACUGGGUAGCUUCAUCUUCCUUGCCAUCGAGGGCGGUACCGAUGCCGGGAUACAACAAAGGACACUUGCUACCACAAUAGCAGAGAAUCAGCCUACCAGACGGAAUACCACCGCUUGGCUAAAGCAAGUUAAUCACGAAGCACGAGCGAAGACGGUGGAAAACAUAUGGAUAAUUACGGAGAGUUUGAAUAUUCUUUACCGUGAGAACUGGACGAGGCUGGCUGCCCAGGAAAUCGCACGUUUUCAGGAUCAACUGGUGAAGAGGAUCACCGAAGACAUGAUGGCGACCCAGAACGCCGGAACAUAUGUCGGAAGUUCCACUAGUGAUACCGUGACAGAAAGACGGAUACCGGAAUACGAGUGGAACUUCGCCAAAGCCUUUUUAUAUUCUCUCACGGUGCUGACGACGAUCGGUUGCGGCAGCAUAGCUCCAAAAUCCACGUGGGGUAAAAUCGCGACCACGGGCUACGCUAGUCUGGGUAUCCCUUUGACCUUGGUUUACUUAUCAAGUGCCGGAGGCCUUUUAUCCAGAUGCGCCAGAGGUGUUUUCACUCGUGCUCUUUGUUGCUGCCUUUGUUCGAAUUGUGGCUAUUGUUGCUACGAUGAACGAAGAAUGGAGGAGAAAGAAAGGCGAAUGAGAAAGAAACGGCAGCAAGAGGAACUGGCGCAGCAGCAGCAGCAAUUGCAGUUGCAGGAACCCUUUUACGUUCGUGCGAACGCGUCAACGUUUACGAGCACAGUGGAAAUUAAGACCAGCCCGAAGGACGAAGUGUCGAGUCUUGGCUCUGGUGACAGACCCAACGUUACUAUACUCGCACCAAUCAGCAUUUGUCUGGGUGCAAUGCUCUGCUACAUUGUGGCAGGAGCUUUUACUCUGCACAAGUUAGACGGCUGGUCCUUUGUGGAUGCGAGUUACUUCUGCUUCAUGAGCCUGAGCACGAUCGGGUUCGGUGAUAUGGUUCCCGGUUCCUAUCCCCGCCAAAGCCUUUACGAGUCGAGGAAUGUAACCAUUUGGUUCUGUUCUUUCUACAUAAUGUCUGGAAUGGCGCUGACUGCGAUGUGCUUCAACAUCCUGCACGAUGAAAUCGUUCACAGGCUUAGCCAUCAGUCGGAGAAACAAGAACCAGUGAAAGCCAGCCCGAGUGUGGACGAACUAUCGAGCGAUCCUCUCACGUUAACCUCGUGACAAUUUCCGUCUGGCAACUUGUGCCACAGGAACGGCACCGAUGACAACGAUAUAUGUGGAACAGAACCGCCAACCAACUUGUUCACCCAUGAGAACGAAAUUAAUAUCCUAAAGGAUUCUUUCAAUCAGGUAGACGUCACUAGAGACUGCAAGCCAAUUUUGAAACUCGAGGAUCACGUUCCGCCGAUUCCUGGUGUCU